AGAAACUCGACUUUCUUAUUUUAAACAAAGCAAAAUCACCAUACCAAAUAUUUUUGCCUUUUUUAAUAAAAAAAAAAUGAAGAAAUUUCAUGUUAGACAAGGUCCUUUUAAUUUUGCAGGUCUCUUCUUUUCACUCGUUGGAUUCAUACUUGUGAUAUUAUGUUUGCUUGGAUGUCAAAGUCCAAAUAGUCGGGCACUUUACUUUGCCAAAGUUACCAAUGCUGGACCACCUGUGGAUGGCAAACCCGUGGCAGUGUAUUAUGGUUGGCAAGGAUAUUGUAUAGAAGAAGCCGAACUAACAUGUUUCAGCGAUCGAAGUGUCAUGGUGGUUCCAUUUGAUGUUUCAAUUUCAACACAAUUAAAUGAAAGUUACCCUUAUUUAUUCACAGAUCCCGUCACUCAAGAUGAAUCGUUAAAUCCCGAAUCGACACCUACACCGGCGCAUGAUCCCAAGAUUUACCCAGCAGCCGUACUGUGUUUACUGACGUCGGCAACGUUACUUGUAUUCUGUUUCAUGCGAGUGUGUACGCCACAGCGGUAUCAGGACGAAUAUUAUACACGAGGAUUUUUAGCUGCAGGGUCUGCGGUAUUGGCCCUACUGCUACUGGUGUUAUCGUCCAUCAUGUAUCAGAAUGCGAUUGAGGAGUUGAACUUGGAAUACCCACAUUUAGUUGCUACACAGGGUCCUGCCAUGACCAUGGUGGGUGUAUCUUUUGCGGCUUAUUCGUUAGCGAGCUAUGUCUUGUUACGAGGUUGUAUGAGCAUGGAAUCUGGUGGUUCAGGCACCGAAGGUUACAGUCCGAUUUAAAUGCGUUUGUAAACAAUAAAAUGUGUGUGAUAUAGAAAAACAUGAAAAGCACACUGCAUCGCAAUGUAUAAACAUCCCAAUUUU